AUGGACGCUGCAGGCCUCACCCUGAAGCUGCUUUUAGUCGGGGACAGCGCCGUGGGGAAGUCCAGCCUCCUGCUGAGGUUCACUGACGGUGCGUUUGAGCCGUGCCUGAAACCCACCAUCGGUGUUGAUUUUAAAGUGAAGAAAAUGGUGGUGGACGGCCAUGCAGUACAGCUUGCAAUAUGGGACACAGCAGGACAGGAACGCUUUAGAACACUGACUCCCAGUUACUACCGAGGAGCACAGGGAGUUGUUUUAGUGUAUGAUGUUACAAGAAAAGACACUUUUGCUGGACUAGAGAGCUGGCUAAACGAACUGGAAAUGUAUACCACCAAAAGCAACGCUGUGAAGAUGUUAGUUGGCAAUAAAAUUGACAAGCCCGAUCGUGAGGUAGAGAGACGAGAAGGACUCCAGUUUGCUAGGAGACACUCGCUGCUUUUCAUAGAGACCAGUGCCAAGACACAGGAUGGAGUGCAACAUGCCUUUGAGGAACUAGUCCUAAAGAUCCUGCAGACACCAGGUGUUUGGGAAAAAAGUGCAGAGAAGCAGGGAGUCCAGCUAAUGGCAUCUUCAGCACAGCAAGAUGAAAGCUCAUGUGGUGCAUACUGUCCACUUUCUUAAAUUGUAGGUGGCUGUUCUGAAUGAACUUUUUAAAAGGGGGUGGGUUCCCAAGGAACUAGUCUGUGCCUUGCAGUACGUUAUCAUUGCUUGCCCUUAAUCACAGGAGCUGUUCUGUUGCUACUUUCUUUCUCCAUAGUUAACACUUUUUCAUUUUGAGCCAAGAGAUCACUUUACCUAUUUGGUAGUGCCUGUUGUGAAUGCUGUGAAAGAAUAAUUGAGGUAGGCACAAGUCUGACUUCAGACGGAACUACCUGAAGUCAGACUUAAGGGAAAGGAUAUAGCCUGAUAAAGGUACAGCCCUUAACAUGCUCUUACGGAAAUGCUGACCAAAGCCAAUGUCUGCAGUAUUCACCGAAAGGUGGUGGAGGGGAUCUGUGUGUAUAGGGAGGCAAGACAAGAUGAAUUUGUUAU